ACGAAUACCCAUUCAUCUGUAGACUUGGGCGUUGUACUCCGCAUCUUAUUAGCGGCGAGGGAAAUUUCUCCAUUUUCCACGAACUAUACGGCCACAAAUCUGGAAUUUCGUUUUAUUACUCUGUAUCUGGUAUACUUUGCAGUUUGUCAAUUUUUUGCUUAUUUCAGUUGGAUCUUGCUUCCAUUCAGAGAAGAACUUGGGGAGGUCUUUGUAGUGAACUUACUAAAAGGAUAGAAACGUGUAGUCUUUGUUCAUCUGCUGGAACGGUUGAGUCUCUUUGUUGGAACGAAAGCAUGGGAGCACAAUUCUCCAAGACCGCUGCAAAAGGCGAAGUCGUCUCAGAAAAGCCAGGAGAUGCUGCUGCUUCAACCUCAAAGACAAAUGGACAGGAAAACGGUCAUGUGAAAGCAAACGGUGACACCUCUCCUACCGCUGAGGAAGCGGGCCAGGAGGGGGCGCAGGCCAAUGGGAGUGCUCCGGCUGAGGAAGGGGCAGGGCAGCCCGAGGUGGCACCUGCAGAGGAGGGUGGCGAGGGCGAGAAGGUGAGCGCUGAGGCUGCCCCCACCGCUGAGGGUGAGGCCAAGCCAGAGGAGGAGGCGGCCGCUGACGGCGACAAAAAGAAAAAGAAGCGCUUCUCCUUCAAGAAGCCCUUCAAGCUCAGCGGCUUCUCUUUCAAGAAGACCAAGAAGGAGGAAGCCGAGGCGGAGGACGGCGAGGAGGGCAAGGGCGAGGCCGAGGCCCAGGAGGAGGGCGCCACAGCGGCCGCCCCGGAGGCCGAGGCUGCAGCCGAGGCGGAGAAGCCGGUGUCCGAGGAGACGAAACCGAGCCCUGCCGUGGACGAACCCGCCGCAGAGCCGAAAGCCGCCGAACCGCAAGUGGCCGAGCCGGAGGUGGCUGCAGCUGAGCCGGAUCCUGCACCCUCAACAGAAGAGACCGGCGCCAGCCCGGAGGCAGCCGCCAGCGCAGAGUGAGCGGGCGGCCUCCUCGGAUCGAGACGAACGAAACGGAAAAACGGAAAAGGAAAACCGAUAAUCAAAGAACUGUUCCCUGCUUGUACAUUGGCGAUGUGCCAGGUGCUGUUUUUUUUUUUUUUUUUUUUUUUUUUUUUAAACUUGUGUACAAGCCAGGGAUAUUUUAAAGUUGAUUUGCCCCACAGCCCUCUAAAACAACACCCCUGUUCGUAUCCAGUGUUACUGCCAUUCCAGUAGGUGAAGGUGUGGACGGCUCUGAAUACUAGAGAGAAAUGCGUCCAUGUUCUGCUGUGUACCUUUUUUCAUCAGUAUUAAAUGUUUUUUGUGUGCAUAUUUUGAAUUUUUAUACAUGUAAAAAAUGUAAUGUACGGACGUGCCUACAGUUCUAAAGGUCGGCAGGAAGUUGAAAUGUGUAAAUGUCUGGGUGUGGGCUGCAGAUACAUUUCAGGUGGUGUCUGUUGCCUGGGAAUCCACCACACUGGGUAAUGCAGUCUUAAACGGGAAAUGAAGUCAUCUAUGUAAAGUGUACAAUAUGGUGAAUGACACUGUCAUCAAUGUUACGGGAAGACCAUAACCUUUCCCUGAAAGAACUAGCUUUAGAAUGGAUUUCAAUUGUAGGAGCUUUUCACUUCUUUCAUCUGUACUUUUCAGUGAUUUAUGUAGAAAUGCAGGUUUGUAUAGGCUUUGUUUAUUGCUGGUUUUAUGACCUUAAUAAAGUGUAAGUACAAGUAUGUAUGACCGGCAGGGUGUUUUUAACUGUGAUUAUUGUACAAAUUUUGAUCUCAAAGCACACAAGGUUUCUUUCCACAACACUCAAUUUGAUACAUAAAAUAUUAAAGUACUCUUAAUCUUUGAAGCAAUUCUGAGCUCAAACAAAGCUGUGAUAAGUGGAACAACCUUUGCAUACUGUGCUAUGUUUUAAUUACAGCAGACAACACUUUACAGUUUGAAGAACAUGCAUUGUUUGUGUAGCAUCUUGUCCUUUGUUUUUGUUUUUUUUGUAAAUACUGGAGAAGCUUUGACCAAUUUGACUUAGAGUUGGAAUGUAACUUUGCUUACAAAAUUGCUAUUAACCUCCUGCUGAAGGUGUUCGAAUUUUCUGUGAGCACUCAAAGCAAAAAUAAAUGUGAAUAAACUGC